ACUUAUAAGAAAAUGGCCACAGGAAACUACUCUACAGUGAUGGAGUUUAUUCUCGCGGGGCUCACAGAUAAGCCAGAGCUCCAGCUUCCUCUUUUUCUCUUGUUCCUGGGAAUCUAUGUGGUUACUGUGGUAGGGAAUCUGGGCAUGAUCUUACUAAUUGCUAUCAGUUCUCCACUUCACUCUCCCAUGUACUAUUUUCUCGGUCAUUUAUCCUUUAUUGACCUCUGCUAUUCCUCUGUCAUUACCCCUAAAAUGUUAGUGAACUUUGUCACUGAGAAGAAUGUUAUCUCCUUUUUGGAGUGCAUGACCCAGUUGUAUUUUUUCUUAAUUUUUGUCAUUGCUGAAGGUUACCUUUUGACAGCAAUGGCUUAUGAUCGUUAUGUUGCCAUCUGCAGUCCUUUGCUUUAUAAUGUUCUCAUGUCUCAAAGAGCAUGCUCUAUAAUGAUGUUUGUGGUAUAUUCCUUGGGAUUUUUUGGUGCCACGGUACAUACUAGUCGCAUGGCAAUGUUAUCCUUUUGUGAAUCUCAUGUUGUCAGACAUUACUUCUGUGAUAUUCUUCCCUUGUUAACCCUCUCCUGUUCAAGCACUCAUGUUAAUGAAGUCCUUCUUUUUAUCAUUGGGGGAGUUAACACCUUAGCUCCUACUCUAGCUGUCAUUGUCUCUUACACUUUUAUCUUGUCCAGCAUUUUACGCAUCCGCUCUACUGAGGGCAGGUCCAAAGCCUUUGGCACCUGCAGCUCCCACCUUAUGGCUGUUGGGAUAUUCUUUGGAUCUAUCACUUUCAUGUAUUUUAAGCCUCCUUCUAGCAACUCCAUGGAUCAGGAGAAGGUAUCCUCAGUAUUUUACACUACAGUGAUCCCCAUGCUUAAUCCUCUGAUUUAUAGUCUUAGAAAUAAGAAUGUGAAGAAUGCCAUUAGAAAAGUUAUGUAUAAGACUGAACGCAUUAUUUGA